AUGCCGGUGAUGAAGGGGCUGCUGGCGCCGCAGAACACCUUCCUGGACACCAUCGCCACCCGCUUCGAUGGCACACAUAGCAACUUCAUCCUGGCAAACGCGCAGGGCCGCUGUGGCUUCCCCAUCGUCUACUGCUCUGAUGGCUUCUGCGACCUCACCGGCUUUGCCCGCACCGAGGUCAUGCAGAAGAAUUGCAGCUGCCGCUUCCUCUGUGGGGCUGAGACCAGCGAGCCCACCCUGCAGAGCAUCGAGAAGGCACUGGAAAGCAGGCAGGAGUAUCAGACUGAGGUCUGCUUCUACAAGAAGGGUGGAGCUGCCUUCUGGUGCCUGCUGGACAUCAUGCCCAUCAAGAAUGAAAAGGGGGAGGUGGUGCUCUUCCUCUUUUCCUUCAAGGACAUCACAGAGAGCCGUGGCAGGAGCUGCCCUGGUGACAAGAAGGAGGAGAAGCAGAAGAGUGAGAAGCAGAGGAGCAAGAAACCUGGGAACCCCCACCUGAGGGCUGCACGGAGGCAGGGCCGGACCAUGCUACACCAGCUCAGCUGCCAGUUUAUCCGGAGGGACCAUGGCGAGGUGAAAAUGAACCAUAACAUGUUUGAGAACAAGCCGUCCAUCCCCGAGUACAAGGUGGCCUCGAUACAGAAGUCCCGUUUCAUCCUGCUCCACUACAGCAUCUUCAAGGCACUCUGGGACUGGUUGAUCCUGCUGGCCACCUUCUAUGUGGCUAUCACUGUCCCCUACAAUGUCUGCUUCACGGGUACAGAGGACAGUCUCUCAGCUGCCCGCAGCACCAUUGUCAGCGACAUCGCCGUAGAGAUGCUCUUCAUCCUGGAUAUCAUCCUGAACUUCCGGACAACAUACGUGAGCCAGUCGGGUCAGGUUGUGUACGACCCUCGCUCCAUCUGCAUCCAUUACGUGGCUACCUGGUUCUUUGUGGAUCUGAUCGCUGCUCUGCCCUUCGAUCUGCUCUACAUCUUCAAUGUGACUGUGACCUCGCUGGUUCACCUGCUGAAGACAGUGCGGCUGCUGCGGCUGCUGCGGCUGCUGCAGAAGCUGGACCGGUACUCGCAGUACAGCGCCAUGGUGCUCACGCUGCUCAUGUCCAUGUUUGCCCUGCUGGCGCACUGGUUGGCCUGCAUCUGGUACGUCAUCGGCCGCAAGGAGCUGGAGAGCGACGACCCCCGCACCUGGGACAUCGGCUGGCUGAACGAGCUGGGCAAGAGGCUGGAGGCUCCCUACAUCAACAAUUCUUUGGGGGGCCCCUCUAUCCGUAGCGCCUACAUUGCCUCCCUCUACUUCACCCUCAGCAGCCUGACCAGCGUGGGCUUCGGCAAUGUCUGUGCCAACACUGACACCGAGAAGAUCUUCUCCAUCUGCACCAUGCUCAUUGGGGCGCUGAUGCACGCCGUUGUCUUUGGCAAUGUCACUGCCAUCAUCCAGCGCAUGUACUCGCGCCGCUCGCUCUACCACACCCGCAUGAAGGACCUCAAGGACUUCAUCCGCGUCCAUCACCUGCCCCAGCAGCUCAAGCAGAGGUUGCUAGAGUACUUCCAGACCACCUGGUCGGUGAACAACGGCAUUGAUGCUAAUGAGCUGCUCCACGAUUUCCCCGAUGAACUGCGUGCGGAUGUGGCCAUGCACCUCAACAAGGACAUCCUGCAGCUGCCCAUCUUUGAGACGGCCAGCCGGGGCUGCCUCCGCUCCCUCUCGCUCCACAUCAAGACCUCAUUCUGUGCCCCGGGAGAGUAUCUGCUGCGCCAGGGCGACGCGUUGCAGGCCAACUACUUCGUCUGCUCCGGCUCCCUCGAAGUGCUGAAGGACAACGUGGUCCUGGCCAUCCUCGGCAAAGGGGAUUUGAUUGGAGCCGACCUGUGCAGCACAGACCAAGUGAUCAAGACCAAUGCAGACGUGAAGGCACUGACCUACUGCGACCUCCAGCACAUUGGGCUGCGAGGGCUCUGUGAAGUGCUACAGCUCUAUCCUGAGUACGCCAGCAAGUUCACAGCUGACAUCCACCAGGACCUGACCUUCAACCUGCGGGAGGGCAGCGAGAUGGAGGGGCUCUGCCGCUACUCCCGAUCCCCGAGGCUGUCACAGCCUCGUCCGGAGAGCGGUGCUGCCCCGGAGAAGCCCCUUCCCUCCAUUGUGGAGGAUGAGGAGGAGCCCGAAGAGGUUUUCCAGCAGUCCCCUGCCAGCGCCUCCCGCCGCAAGCUGCUGCUGCCCGCGCUGAGCAGCUCAGUGCGCCGUGGCUCCCUGAGCAGCCUCCUGGGCGAUGAGCUGUGCCAGGUCUCAGCCCCGCGGCACAACUGCCCCUCCCCAGCCCGUGGCAGCCGCAGCCCCUCUCCACAGUGCCGGCGGGAUACCCGGCUCCGGGAGAGGAAUGGUAGCGUGGGCAGGAAGCCGGCCAAGCUCCUCAUCCCCUCCCUGCACACUUACGGCUCGCCCGACCUCAGUCCCAGAGUCGUGGAUGGGAUUGAAGACAACGGAGGGACUUCAGAGUCACAAACCUUCUGUUUCAAUGUGGACCCGCUGCCGAGCGCGGCAAGGGACUCCCCCACCUCAGGGACUGAUGCAGUCGGCCCAGCCCUGGUGAUGGAGGCAGAAGAGAUAAAGCAGAACAUGAGCAGGCUCAACCAGGAGAUCAACCACCUCAACCAGGAGGUUUCGCACCUCAGCCGGGAGCUGCAGAAUAUGAUGGAGCUGCUCAAGGGUCACCUGGGCACCCCGCAGUCCCCAGCCUGUCCCUGCCGUCUGCCUGCGACCGUCUCGCUGCCUCCCCGGCCGUCACCGCCCGCUGCCCCGCUGCCCCCCUCGCCCCCGGUGCCCCCCAGCUCCCUCAGCUCCCCCUCCGCCAGCCCCCGGGCCAAACGCUGCCCCGUCCGCAGCCGCUCUGCCCACGCCGCUGCCCUGCACCCCUGGGUGGGCGCCGAGGGGCCGCGCCCGCCGCGGGGGGACAGCCCCGGCCCCGACCCUCGCCGGGGCUCGGACUCGCAGCCGCCCCCGCUGCCGCCCCGCUCCGCCCGUUCCUUCCCCGGCUGCUCGGCCGGGGCUUGCACCCGCACCCGCCCGCAGCCGCGAACCGGUUCCACCAGCUCCCACUGA